GGACCACCUGCCCUGUGGCCCGCUGACGGGCCAGGGCCGAGGGCUGCUCGGAGGCGGCGGCGGCGGCGGCGGCGGCGAAGCCUUGAACACAGAGCCAGCCGGAGAGCUCCCCUUCCCCUUCCGGGCCGGGAAAGCCGGCAACGCCUUCCAUUCUUCCGAGUGGAAAUCCUGCCCCCCUCCCCAGGCCGAGGGGAGGGACGGGGCGGGGGUCUCCCCUUCUCCAGCUAUCAUGGAUGCACUAAUUGAAGAUGACAUCUGUAUUCUGAACCAUGAAAAGACUCAGAGGAGAGAUACCAUCACUCCUGUGUCAAUCUAUGCAGGGGAUGAGUCUAUGGCUUCCCAUUUUGCCCUUGUCACAGCAUAUGAGGACAUCAAAAAGAGACUUAAAGAUUCAGAGAAGGAGAAUUCCCUCUUAAAGAAAAGAAUACGAUUUCUGGAAGAAAAGCUUCUUGAAAACCGAUUAGAUGAAGAAACAAGCUCUGUAGGACGAGAACAAGUAAACAAGGCCUAUCAUGCUUAUCGGGAGGUCUGCCUAGACAGAGAUAAUUUGAAAAGCAAAUUGGAUAAAAUGAAUAAAGACAAUUCUGAAUCUUUAAAAGCAUUAAAUGAACAGCUACAGACUAAAGAAGUUGAGCUCCUCCAGCUCCGGACCGAGGUGGAGACUCAGCAAGUGAUGAGGAAUCUAAAUCGACCUUCAUCCAACUGGGAGGUAGAAAAGUUGAGCAAUGACUUGAAAAUCCAUGGUUUGGAACAGGAGCUGGAAGUGAUGAGAAAGGAAUGUACUAGUCUAAGAACAGAACUGCAAAAGUCAAAACACAAGGAUCAGUCUCAGGAAGACAAUCUCAGCUUCUCAGCAGACUUCCAAAGGCCAAGCAUUCCAAGUGAUAACAUGCAGUAUGCCUACUGGGAGCUGAAGAGAGAAAUAUCUAAUUUACAUCUUGUGACUCAAGUGCAAGCUGAACUACUAAGAAAAUUUAAAGCUCCAUCUACAGUCAAGAAAGCUUGUGCACCAGUCCAGUGUGUUGAAGACCUAGUGAAGGACUGCACAAAAUUACAUUUGACGUCUUUAACUGCAACCUACAAAAGACACGCUCCUCUUUCACCAAAUGGUAAAGCCCUCAGUAGUGCCAUGGGUUCUCCUCUGUCCGGAGAUACAAAGAUUUUACUGGAGAGAGCAAGUCUUCAGUCAUGGGCAGAUAAUGAGAGAGUCAUCCCUGGUGGUUGUACAAACUUUCAAGAACAGAAUUCCUAUGGCAGAAAUUCUUUAGAAGACAAUUCGUGGGUAUUCCCAAGCCCCCCAAAAUCUAGUGAGACAGCAUUCGGGGAAAGUAAAAGUAAAACACCUUCCCCCAACCUACAUCACCUGGAUCGGCAUAAUCCAAACUGCCUUUUCAAGAACUAAUUCAGAAGAGACUUGUGGUCGCCUUGGGAAGAGCUGCUGGCAUCGGGAUGAUGUGCGAGAAACACAUGCAAGGAACUGGUUCCGUUGUGGCAUGGUGUUCUGUGACUGUCCUUGAUUUCAAGUACACUGGGAUUUGCACAUACUGUCUACAGUCAUGUAGUUAAGGUUUGUUUCCUUCAGCAUAGACUAAAACACCUGUGCUAACCAGCUCUCUUUUAGCUAAGUAUAGACACAUGCACUACUUAAUAAGUUGCAGGAAUUCUCUUAGUGUUUUUAAAAGACGACUCUACCUUUGAUAACAACUGCUGCAGAUUUAGGCAUCUCAGGCAAAGAAAAAUGAUAGGAACUGGGUUUUGAGUUUGAGGUCAGAAAAAUACUGAGACAGGUUUUGUAAGGUGUCUAAAUCAUAAAUAUAUUCACACAAGAAUAAUAGGAAGGUUGAUGGAGUUCUGGUGCAAAUCAUGUAAAUUACAAAAAACAAAACAAAACAAAUCUUACCUAGGGGAGCAGCCAACUAGUAAAACAUAUUUCAAUUCCCACUGGUCUUUUUAUGAACACACAUAGAUUGUGGAAAUAUUGGGAUGGAAUAAUUAUUCUAUGAAUAAUCCAUUUCUGUAUACCAUUUUAGUUCAGAUUUUCAGAAUUAAAAUUGCUUUCUAGGCCCAAUGGUGCUUGUUACCAAAGUACUAGAAUGCUCACCAUUGCUUUUGUGUGAUUUUAAUUCUGUUUACAACCCAGACACUCAGUCAUUGGGAACUGGCCACAUUCAAUAGCUCCCUGGAGCAUUCCAUUUAAAAGUAAGAUUUUUUUUUAAGUAAAAAAAAAAAAA